CUGGAGUGGAGAUGAAGUCAAAACGUCGGGAUGAUAUUGUUCAGUUCUGUCGAGAGAACACGUUGCUUGUCAUGACAAUGUUUUCAGUGUUUCUUGGUGUUGUUCUCGGAUUUGGUCUUCGUCCAUUGAAUCUGUCACAGGAAACCUUGCAACUUAUUAAUUUUCCUGGUGAAAUAUUCAUGCAGGUUCUCAAAAUGAUGAUUCUCCCUCUCAUUUUCUCAUCGCUGAUCUCUGCUCUAGCCCAAAUGGACGCGAAGGAAUCGGGACAAAUGGGUGCAUCAACAGUACUUUAUUAUCUUUCAACGGCAGUUCUUGCAACAAUCCUCGGUAUCUUCCUGGUUACAGUAAUCCAUCCGGGUGAUCCGUCAAUAAAAGGAACUGAUAUUUCUGAAGCUCCAUCUGAUGGAAAUGUAUCUCCACUUGACACUUUCCUGGAUCUUGUUAGAAAUAUGUUCCCAGAGAAUAUAAUUCAAGCAACAUUUGAAAGAAUGCAAACAACGUAUGUAGCUAUCCGUCCAAAAAUUGCCUCAAAAAAUGGAACAUCUGGAAAUAUAAUAGUAAAACGAUCAAUUGGAAUGACAAAAGGAAUGAAUAUUCUCGGAAUAAUUGUUUUUUGUACUGGUUUCGGAAUUGUGAUCUCUCAAUUGGGAGAGCGUGCCAGAAUAGUUGUCGAUUUCUUUGUAAUUUUGGAUGCUGUUAUUAUGAGAUGGGUGGUUACAUUAAUGUGGUUUGCACCACUUGGUAUUACUUGUCUCAUUUGUGGAAAUUUAUUGGAAUUGGAUGAUAUAUCUGAUAUUGCAUCGGUUCUUGCAUUAUACGUGUUCACUGUUUGUGCUGGUUUGAUACUUCAUACAAUCAUUACUGUACCUCUAAUGUAUUUCUUCAUUACAAGAGAAAAUCCACUUCCAAUUUUCAAAGGAAUGAUUCAAGCGGCUGUUACUGCAUUCGGAACUGCUUCUGGUGGAGCCACUCUUCCAAUGUCAAUGCAAUGUCUUGAAGAUCAUUGUGGUGUUGAUCGUCGUAUUUCUCGAUUUGUUCUUCCACUCGGAUCCACAAUUAAUAUGGAUGGAAAUGCUCUUUAUGAAGCAGUUGCAGUCAUUUUCAUUGCUCAAUUGAAUAAUGUUCAAUUGUCAUUGGCUGAAGUACUGACUGUUAGUAUUACAGCUACAAUAGCAUCUAUUGGACUUGGAUCAGUACCUGCGGGUCUUGUUUCGAUCCUGCUGAUUUUGAAUACAGUAGGACUACCUGUCAGAGAUGUAUCAAUGCUUUUUACUGUUGACUGGCUUUUAGAUCGAGUUCGAACAGCUGUGAAUGUUCUAGGGGAUGCGUUUGCUGCUUCAAUGGUUCAGCAUUUAUUGCAGAAAAAGCUGGAUCAAGCAGACGCUCGUCACGAUUAUAAGACUGAACUGAAAGGAGAAAUUGAACUAUUGAAGUCAGCUGCCACCAGUAGAAGACCAUCAUUCACAAUGUCAGAAGCUUCUAAGGAGCUCUUCUUGACACACGCGAACACAGCUGGAAACUCAAGAAUUGGAUCACGAAUUGGCUCUCGUCGUCCUUCAUCCACCAACUUGCAUCUUUCCUGGCGUAAUAAUAACAUUGAACCACCAUACACACCUCUGCCCAACGAUGAAAACGUGUAGUUCCAUGAUCAAUAUUUACAUUUUUUGUCCAUGUCACUUUUCCAUUCCAAAACAGAAAACGGUUAUUCUCUCCUCUUUCCGCGAGAACCCAUGGAUUGUUUUGUACAUAUCAUUUUUACUAUUUUAAGCCACUGAUGAAACUCAAUAAUUUAUGUUUGU